AGUCAAAGUACAGACGUUAAACAGACUUGACGUCUGGUUACUGUUACUGCUAGUGUUAUGUUUUUAUUAAUCACAGCGAAGGUCAAGAUGUUGUUACCAAUUUUCCACUUGUCCGCUGCGGCAAUUGAUUCGUAUGUGAUGUGGUACGACCAGAAUUACGUGGAAUUACCUGUGCACAAUGAACUUCUUAAAGACUUUCCAUUGAAAUCUCGUUCUCUGUUCUUGACCAUUUGGUGCCUUAUAAUGCAAAUUGCAUACCACACCAUCGCCUUCCUGAACGAUAUAAUCGGAUCAAACGAUCCAUCGCCAAAGAAGAAACCUCUGAUACGGUUGAUAAAAGACACGCUCUUCAGUCUCGCAUUUCCGAUUGCAAUAUACGUAUCCGUCGCUUUCUGGAGCAUUUAUGCAGUAGACAAGGAUCUAAUAUUCCCAGAUGUCAUAGAGAAAUUAUAUCCGACCUGGAUGAACCAUGUCAUGCACACGACUGUUGCGAUUUUUAUGUUCUUGGAGCUUAUAUUGACAUCCAGAAGCUAUCCAUCAAGAGCUGUUGGUAUUUCAAUAACAUUAGCUUUCUCAAUGUCGUAUAUAGCGUGGCUCCUGAUUAUUUAUUUUAAAAGUGGAGAAUGGGCUUAUCCUUUCUUAAAUAUAUUAAACUGGCCUUUGAGGAUUGUAUUCUUCGGUAUUAGUACUAUUGUAAUCUUAGGUGUCUAUGAUUUUAGUGAAAAAUUAAAUUAUUUGCUUUUGCCUGGUUCUCAACGAGACGCCGAAAAGCUCAAGAAACGCUGACAGUGUCGAAUUAGUAGUAUUUCUAUUGUUACAGGGAAUUUAGUAAAAUUAGUUACUUGAACUAUAAAACAGUGGUGAUGAAAAGGGAAAACAAAAUAUUAAGUUAAGAUUUUUAUAUUCGUAAUAUUUUAUAAUUUGUUCGGUUGUUGGAUGCAGUGGAUCUUUUUUAUAAAUGAAAAAGCAAAAAUAUUUUAAUAGUACAUAAACAGUUUGUUUUUAUUUUAUUUUCAACCGGCUUCAAAAAGGAGGAGAUUCUCAAUUCGUCGGAAUCUUUUUUUUAUGUAUGUUCUAAUGUAAUAUCAGCAAAAGUUAUACCGAUCACAUUUUUACGUCUGAAUCGACAAAUAAACUUGAAUGAGAAAAACGAGGAAACCCAACUUGACUUUUUUAUUUAAAAUUAUAAUUUAAAAAGAAAACUAAUUACUUAAUUACCAUACAGUCCUACUUAAAUACUUAUGUUGCACAAUUAAUGAUAGAAAUAAUUUUAUGAACAACUUGAUGGCGCUCAUUCCCAGACGUUAUUCGUAUUCAACGUAUACAACCAUGCAACACUAAUUAUUAUAAUUGCCAUUCUUAUGAAGUCUUUGCUUUUAACCUUCGUAAUAAACAGACAAUGUAUUCUUACCCAUGAAUAACUAAUGCCGUAGAAUGGAAUGUCUAGCUUAUGUUUCUUAGUAGUAUUUACAGAAUGUGCUGAUAUCACUUACUAUAAAAAAUACAGUUUUUGUGUUCAUAACAUUAAAGUUUCGUAAACUAGAAACUAGAUUUUCACAACAUUAACACUGCAAAUUUAAUUAUGUAUUGUUAAGCAAGAGGGCUUAAUUAAUUCAGUAAGUCAGUAAUUGUAUAAUUUAAUAAAUUAACAAUGAUGACAAACAAAUAUGGCAACUAACAAAUUUUUAGGGUAGAGCUAUCAUGCAGAGUAUUUGCUGCACAAAAUGACUCUGCUCUACUGGGGAAGGACCACACUCGCACGGAAUACCAACGUGAAAUGACAGUAUGUAUAAUGUUAGGUACUGUGUUUCAUAUCAUGAUGAGUGACCUUAGAAAACCGGAGACCCUUUUCAUCUUAGUCAUCAGGGUUCUGCAUUUUGAUUAUUAAUAUAGGAUAGAUGCAGAAUUCUAUGAUCCAUAGUGCCUAGUGUGUUCGUUUGUUACCCUUAAUUGUAUAAAAAAUAAACAAUAUCAUGAGAUC